AUGGGCUUCCCUAACUGUGACGGAGAAGCACAGACCACCUUGCCUCUGUGUACAUCAAUAGGAAGGGAUACUUCUCCAUGGUGUUGCAGGCGCUUGUGGAUCAAUGGCCGCCUGGCGCUGAGUCCCUUGGAUGGGAACAUGGAUUUGAGCAGCCACUUGGAGUCGACACUGCCAGGAGCCCAGCCUCCUUUCUCCUCGGCUCACCUCCCGCUCAGGUGCACCAGAGGGCUUGUCUUCUCUCCCGUCUCCGAAGAGCAGCAGCAGAAGGAGGCUGCCGAGGCCUUGAUGGUGCUGAGAAAUUCCACCCAGCUGGCCCCCUCUGCUGCCAUGCCAGACUUUCUGCCCCUCACUGGCACUGCACCCCCCUUGCUGGCCUUUCCUAAUUUCACCCCUUACCCUGGAGACCCUGGUAACAUGGGGGCAUCUGAUCCCACCCAGCAGCAGGUCCUGAAGGCCCCUGGGGACAAGGCUUUGCCAGCAGAGCGGGCUGGCGCUGGUGGGCAGCAGGGGUUGGGAUGUGUGCUCCCCGGUUUGCUGCACUGCAGCACUCUUCCUCAGCCACGCAAGAACUUCCGCCUGGUCUUGACAGCACCACAGGGAGCCACAACCCUGAUGGUUUCCAACAUCCAGGUCUUCAAACCUGGUUCCAGCCCCCGGGAGAUUCCUAACUAUGAUGCCCCCCAUCCUGCCCCUUCUGACUCCCUGGGCUCCAUUGCACAGACCCUCUGCGAGGCACAGGCUGCGGAUCCCGGUAGGAUUCCAGAGACAGCUGCGUCCGCCCCGGAUCCAGCUUGCACUGCCUCUGCUCUCAGCAGUCCUCAGUCCCUGCCCUUGUGUGCCCCUCCUGCAGAAAUGCCCAUCUCCCCACUGCCCACGCAAAGCCCCCCUGUCAUGGUGGAAGUGCACACGCUCCCCAGGUUGUCCUUACUGACUCCCAGCCCAAACCUCAUUACCCACCAGCCCCUCCCAGACACUGUGCUUGCCCCAAGGUUCAAGUGCCAGCAGGGCCCUGCGAGCCAGGGGAGCGGCAGUGGCAGCAAGGGGCAGGUGGCAGAGGAGAGCAGCAGAAGCAGGGCACCUGGGACCUGGGGCCUGGCAGGUACAGUGUGAGCCACUUGGCUGCUCCCAUCACUGAGGGCACAUGUCCGAUUACUGACCCUUCCCGCCAGGGGUCCGGCCUGCUCAGGCACAGAGACCAAGCACACUCAGCUCCCACUCAGGCCACUGAACGGCUGUACGAUCAGAACAGCGUUCGCUCCUGAGCCCACCAGGACAGCACUGAAACUGGUGCCCCCUAAAGGGACAAAGCUCCAUGUCCCAUUGCCCACCCCCUGAGCUAGCCAGUCCCCCUGCCCGGAGUAGGGUAACCAAGUGUCCAGUUUUCGACCGGAACACCCAGUUAAAAAAGGGACCCUGGUGGCUCCAGUCAGCACCGUUAAAAGUCCGGUCAGCGGUGCUGCGGAGCCAAGGCAGGCUAGUCCCUACCAGUCCAGACUCUGCGCUGCACCCUGGAAGAGGCCAGCAGGUCCGGCUCCUAGGUGGAGGGCCCACGGGGCUCCAUGCACUGCCCCCAUCCCGAGCACC